AUGACAAUUUUGUCGUACUUCCGAAUAUUAUCUCGAAGACCUGGAUCUCCCCCAAUAGGGCCUAAACCAGAUACUACUUUACCACAACAAUUAAAUAUUGAAAAUACUGAAACGAGUCCAAUAUCUUCACCAAAAUCUCAACCUUCUUCAACACAACCUUCUUCAACAAUAUCUAAUAAAUAUCAAAUUCCUACUUCAUUUACUAUACAUCGUUUCAAUCCUGCAACUAAUCCUAAUAAUACUUCAAAUGCAGAUGCUUUAUUACCAGAAGAAAGUACUCCUAUUAAAACACAACCAACAACUGCUGCUACAACAACAAAUGUUAUGGCUUCUUCUUCAAUACAUACUAUAGAUCAACCUACUAGUGUAGUUAUUCCAAUGCCAAGUACUUUUGUAUGUAAAAGAGAUGGAAGAGUAAGGUGGUGUGAAACUUGUAAUUAUGUGAAACCCGAUCGAUGUCAUCAUUGUUCUGAAUGUAAUCGUUGCAUACUUAAAAUGGAUCA